AUGACGCGCUCUAUCCCGGAGGUGUCCAUCGCCGUGAUCGGCGCUGGCGGCGUUGGAUCCGUCUUCCUCCAGCAACUCGCUUGGGUAGCCAAGAACAAGACCUCGCACAGUCUGAGACUCGUUUACGUCGCCAUCAUCGACAAGGCUCUCUACCACGCCGAUUAUGCAUCUAUCGAUAUUGUCUCUGCUGUGCCGACGCUCGAAGAAAAGGGCGGACCACUACCUACAAUCUCCCAAACCAUCGAGUAUCUGACAGGUGCACCUGGCAAGGUUAUUGUCGUCGACAACACCAGCAGCCAGGCAGUCGCAGAGGCGUAUCCUUCGUUUCUUUCCAGGGGCUUUUGUGUCGUUACUCCCAACAAGAAGGCCUUCUCUGGAAGCUGGAAGUUGUGGGAAGACAUCUUUGCUGCUGAGGGCACUGCCGGUUCCAUGGUGUACCACGAGUGCUCAGUUGGCGCCGCUUUGCCUAUCAUCUCGACAUUGAAGGAGCUCAUCGCGACCGGCGAUGAGAUCACUCGAAUUGAGGGUGUGUUUAGCGGCACAAUGUCAUAUCUGUUCAACAAUUUUGCCCCUACUCAGGGAACCGGAGGGAAGUGGUCGGACGAAGUCAAGAGAGCGAAGCAAUUGGGAUACACCGAGCCUGAUCCUCGCGAUGAUCUCAAUGGCCUUGACGUAGCCCGCAAGAUCACCAUCCUUGCCCGGUUAGCUGGUCUUCCCAUUGAGUUCGUAACAGCCUUCCCCGUCCAGAGCCUUAUUCCCAAAGAGCUAGAGAGUGUCAAGAGCGGCGACGAAUUCCUUCAAAGACUCCCCGAGUUUGACACACAUAUGAACGAGCACAAGGAAGCUGCCAAAAAGGCCGACAAGGUGGUGCGGUUUAUCGGUUCUGUGGACGUUGUGACAAAGCAGCUAAAGGUUGGCCUGGAGGCCUUUGACAAGUCGCAUCCCAUUGCUUCACUCAAGGGGAGUGACAACAUCAUCAGCUUCUAUACUAGGCGAUAUGGUGAUUUGCCCUUAAUCGUUCAGGGUGCUGGUGCGGGUGGUCCUGUUACGGCUAUGGGUGUUUUGGGCGAUCUCCUGAAGGUACUCACAAGGAUAGCGUAG